AUGGCGCAGCUCUUUGGCACCGCUACGCCCAGCGUCAUACAGAUCACAGAUAUGGAAGCAAAAGUGUUCAGGGCUUUGCUUUGCUUCAUCUACACAGACUCGUGUCCUGAGAUGGAGAAGAACAGCAUGGAGGAUGAUGAAAUGCCAGGAGUUGCGGAACAAGGACAAGUAGAGGAAGUACUGGAGGAUAAAACGUCAGAAGUUGUGGAACAAACACAAGAAGAGGCGGUAGAGGAUGAAAUUCUUCUGCAAUGGCUGCAGGACUUGUUUGUGGCGGCAGACAGAUACAAUCUCCAGCGGCUCAAGUUCAUCUGUGAAAAGCAGUUGUUUGAGCAUGUAGGUGUGAGCUCGGUGGCGUCCACUCUUGCUCUAGCCGAGCAGCACCACUGCCAUGGAUUGAAGGCGGCGUGCUUGAAGUUUAUCCAAGUCCUAUCUCCCUCGCGUUUGCAGACACUAAUGGCAACUGAUGGAUGGGGGCAUAUAGCAACGACAUACCCCUCUGUUUUGUACGAGCUCAUUGCCAUCCUUGCGUCAAACCAGCGGAAAUGA